CUUCGCACAAAAAAAAUCCACAGAGGCGUGUGUCUACACACGCUCACAGAGCCACUAAUCAGCAGCUGCAGACCCCAUCACAUGGACAGGAGACCUACACGGAUACUCAGAUAACGAGGAUAGCGCUGAGUCUGGAUUAAUUAAUCUUAUCGGUCUUCCUCACUAGUUACCGGACUUUUGCCCUCUUUGGAGUCGUAUUUAUUCUACGAUGUUAAAAGACCUCACGGCUGUGAUCUUCAUCCUUGUUCUGGUGCGGUGUUUGGUUUGAGGACAGAGCUGAACACUUAAGAUUUAGGCCCCGGGGCGACUGGAUCCUACAGGCAUGCUUGCAGCCAUGCUGCGCCAGAGUUCUGGUGGAGGAUCAGGAGGUGGUGGAAGCGGUGGUGUUGGUGGAACCAAACUCUCUUUAGGUGUCACCCGGCUCUCCAGCUCCAGCUCCAGCUCCAGCCUGGGUUCAGGAAGCUCUGCUAGACUCCCCAAGAGCGACUCUGUCGGCUCGGAUGGCCCGGACACCCCCACUGCAGACCCACACUACAUCAUGCAGCUGGUCAGCGAUGUGCGACGGUUUGCUGAUGUGCUUCUGCAGCUCAAAGAUGUCUUUAACUCCAAAGAACACCAGGACUGUCUCCACCAGGUGGUUCACGAGCGACUCGGCGAGCUGCUACGAGUCCUGAAGGCUAUCAUCAAGAAACAUCAGAGCCUCAACUCAGUGGACAUCCUAAGUACAGCUGGAACCGUCAUUGCCACGGUCAAAGGAGUGAACUUCAACGAGGUGAACGAAGAGAACAAACAGAAGCUUUUUGGUGAGAUCUUCACAGCUAUCGACAAAUUGGCGUUCACCUUUGGCAAUGUAGUUUCUGAUUUCCUUAUGGGAGAUGUAGAAAAUGGAUCAGUGUUGGGGUUGUCCCUAACUAAGAAAAGCAAGUCUUUUGAGAACCUCUGUGUGGAAUCUGGAGGAUCUGGUCCUGAGAAAGAUGAUCCACCAGGGCUGUCUCCACCAGUUCGGGUCGAAGAAGUGGACCGGACGCUGCAGCGGCAGGACAGUGGGGUGGAGUCGGUGCUGCUCUAUGCCAAGUCGUGGUCUAAGUACACCAAGGAGCUGCUGGCGUGGGUGGACAAGCGUCUCAGCGCGGAUAUGGAGUGUGCAAAGAGUUACGCCAAAAUGGCCGAAACUGCCAAGACUCUUGCGAGUCAGCAGGAGUUCAUGCCUUUCCGUGAGAUAUACAUGACAGCUUUCAAAAACGACAUUGAAUCCAGUCAGCUGGUGCUUCAGACUGCAGCGAUACUCCAAAGCAACAAGUUUGUGCAGCCUCUCCUGGCCAGAAAAAAUGAGCUGGACAAACUACGGAAAGAGGUUAAGGAGCAGUGGCAGAGAGAGCAAAAGAAAAUGCAAGAGGCAGACAGUGCUCUGAAGAAGGCUCGGCUGCUGCAGGUCCAGCGGCAGGAGGAGUACGACAAGGCAAAGGUGACCACCAACCGUCUGGAGGAGGAGCAGAACGCAGGUGGAGGGGGACCUGCAGUAGCCAAGCAGCUGGAAAAGAGGCGCAGGCUGGAGGAGGAGGCCCUGCAGAAGGCUGAUGAGGCCAGGGAGCAAUGCAAAGCUUGUCAGGUUGACGUUGGAGUGAAGCGAGUCGACUUGGCCACCACCAAGAGUGAGAUCAUCACCCAGAUCAGAGAGAUGGUGUCCCAGUGUGACCUCACGCUGAAGGCUGUGACCGUCAACUGGUUUCAGCUCCAGCAGGCGCAGGUCGUGUCUCUCCCAGUCAACCACCAGAGUCUGUGUGAGAACGCCAAGCAGUAUGAACCCGGCCAGCGCUACAUCGAGUUUGUCAGGAGUCUGUCCACCAACGGUCCUCGUCUGGAGUGUCACUCUCUGGAUUCACCCAUCCCGCAAAGCUCACGGCUUCUUUUAAACAAGCGCUCCGUGGGCAGCCACUCCUCCCACAGUAACCUGUCGCAGGCAUCGGUGACCUGUGACAUCCUGGGUGGAGAUGACACGGACGGUCAGAACAACUCACAACACGCCAAGAUAGCAGAAAGGCGCUCCAACGGGAGCAGCGACAUCCAAGCCCUUCGGAUUCAGGGUGCUUUUCGUUCUUGGGGCUCGGCCAGUCAAAGUGGUGGGAUGUGCAGCGACUCGGAGAGCGCUGGUGGGAGCAGUGAGUCUCGGUCCAUGGACUCACCUACAGCCAGUCCAGGGGACUUCAAGAGGAGAUUACCCAGAACCCCUUCCACGGGCACCAUGUCGUCUGCUGAUGACCUGGAUGACCGAGAGCCUACGUCUCCUUUGGAUAAUGGUUUAAGCGAGAUGGUAAUAGAGAGCGCCAGCUCCCCAGGACCUUUCAGAAACACCCAAAUGUCCAAAGCAGCUCAAACCCACAAGCUGAGGAAGCUUCGAGCGCCCUCCAAGUGCAGAGAGUGUGACAGCCUGGUGGUGUUCCAUGGAGCAGAGUGUGAGGAGUGUUCUCUGGCCUGUCAUAAGAAGUGCCUGGAGACUUUAGCCAUUCAGUGUGGUCACAAGAAGCUCCAGGGAAGGCUUCACCUGUUCGGCAUCGACUUCAUCCAGGCAGCCAAAAACAGCCCGGACGGCGUCCCGUUCAUCAUACGCAAAUGCACUUCGGAAAUCGAGAACAGAGCGCUCAACAUGAAGGGAAUCUACCGUGUCAACGGAGCCAAGUCUCGAGUGGAGAAGCUGUGCCAGGCCUUCGAGAAUGGCAAGGACCUGGUGGAGCUGUCUGACCUUUACCCCCAUGACAUCAGCAAUGUUCUCAAACUCUACCUGAGACAGCUUCCAGAACCACUCAUCCUCUUCCGUUACUAUAACGACUUUGUCGGUUUGGCGAAACAAAGCCAAAGCAUCAUCGUGGAGGAGCUGGAGGCGUCGCGGCUCAGUCCAAGCUCUGUGAUGCCGUCCCAGGUCAGCGUGCAGCUCAGCCGGGUGCUUUUCAAAAUCAAAGAUCUGCUACGACAUCUGCCUCCGGCUCAUUACAAGACUCUGCAGUUCAUCAUAGAGCAUCUGCACCGGGUGACAGAGCAUUCAGAGGAGAACAAGAUGACAGCCAGCAACCUGGGCAUCAUCUUUGGCCCAACACUGAUCAAACCGAGGCAUGCAGACGCCGAAGUCUCCCUCUCCUCCCUGGUGGAUUACCCCUACCAGGCUCUCAUUGUGGAGCUUCUGAUCAGACACUACCAGAUGAUCUUUGACUCUCCCCCCAGCCCUGUUGGCAGCACCUCACCUACAGAUGUAGACUCCCACCUGACCAUGCAGGAGAAGGAGCAGCGGCUGAGUCGCCACUCCAAGUCUCUGGGAGACAUCAAGGAGCAGAGCUCUAAGGUGUUCAAGAGACAUUCCUCCAUAAUUCCUUCUUCUCAUCUGCUGGCUGAGGUUCAGGAGUCCAUGCCAAACCUCGACGGAAGUGACUUUGAACCUGCGGACGAAGUGGACUCUGGACCCCUAAAUGGAAUAAAAACAUCGAGCCUUUCUGAGAUCUCAAAGCCAAGUGAGAAAGGUCUUUUUCGCUCUCAGCAUGUCGCCAUCACCAGGGUUCAGCUUCGACACCCUCGCAGCAGGCUCUGUUCCCGACCGGUGAGCAUGCCGGCUGAACGGGUUGUAAACCAAGUACGCGUGGACGAGAAUAACUCCCGGAACAACGACGGACAGGACAGCGGGAGAGGAGGAGGAGGAGGAGGAGGCUGUGACCAGUGCAUCGAAGAGGCGGACGAGACGGAGAACGCAAAAGCACGUGCUGGCACACAUUACCGGAAUACGUUUAUUGACACACAGACGCUAAGGAGGACAUGGGACAAACAGUACAAGUACGAGGCUUCCCGAGCCUCCAGACAGGCGUCCAGUUCCCUCUCGGAGAGCGAGGCGGUGGAUUCCAGCUGCUUAUCGUCGUCGGUGCCACCCUGCCUCUCCCUGGGAAAUGCAAAGAGCGCCGUCAGCCCCAUCUACCCCAACAGACCCUACACGGUUGCAGUGCGACCCAGCAGAACUUUAAAGAAGGAGGACCUUUCAACCAAGUACAACACAGUUGCAACUGUUUUCCGAGCUCCCAGAACUCUCCAGCCUCCUCCAGGAACUUUCUACAAGCCCCCACCAGGGAGCAGAGCCAAAGUGCUGCAGAACUGUGCGUUAGCUAACAGUGCUGAGGACGAAGAUGAGGAGGAGGAUGAAGAGGAGCUGGGGAUCGAGAUAGAGGUGUCGGUAGAUGAGCCUCUGGAGGAAGACAUUCCUGCUGAGCGGGAAGAUGACAUUUGUCAGUCAUCCAGUUCCAGCCCUGAGGAUCUGGGCCCAAACCAGACCAAACCCGUAUACCAGAGACUACGACCCAGGCGCCUCCAAGAGGUGGAACACAGAGAGGCUCAUUUUGUUUAAUUCACAAAGUGGUUAACGCGUGCCAUUUUACUCUAGUAAAAAGCCUAAGAAGCUUCAGACUGUAAAGAGAAUGAGGAGCUGCGCGAUCAAAGGACGUGAGUGAAAAACCGGACUUGUUCGUCUACGUUUGGUUCUCAGACGGCAAACAGGAUGCACUUAAAAUGUCGCAGAGUUUUAAAGCAGCUCUGCACCUCAUCACGAUGUACAAAACUGUGCAAUUACGUUUUUCUGUCUCCGUAUUUUGUAUAAUGUGUUAAAGACUCACUGUAUAUAUGUGCGUGUAUACCAAAAAAAAAAAACCAGACUCGGCGUGAGUUGUAAUAUUAGCGUGUAAACCGUAGCCACGACACUGAAGGAAAUUCUGUGCUCUCGCGCUGACAUGAACACUCUCCUGUUGGAGUUGUCCCACCUGCUGUGAGUAAGAGUGUUUAAACUGUUACAAGAUUAACCAUUUUGAUCAAAAUGUUUUGUAAAUAAAGCUAAACGGUGGCCUUGGACGUGCGCUGUUAAUGCACGUCUCUUCUGAUGUUCAGGCAGGAGAUUCAUCCACGUAGUUUCAUUAUUCAGAACCUGAAAAGUGUCAAUUUGUCUGAAAUAUUUUUUUAUAAAUGCCUCUGAUGUCUGCUCUGGUAUCGCUUUUACACGUUUUUAAUAUAACACUGAAUAUGUCUCCGUCGCCAAAGCUGUUUCUGUUUAUAUCUCAUCAGUAACCUAAAUCUUACAGGUUUAUUGUAAGUAACACCAAGUGCUUCGUUUAUUUAAGUGGUAUCUGUUUUUUUCACAGCAGGGCACCAGGUAAACACGGUGUUAGUAAGUUCAGUGUAAAAAGUGAAUAGGUACACGAUAGACACCUUUUUGUAACUUAUUAAACAUACCUGGAAAUGAAAUAAUUA